CCAGCAUCCCCUCUCUGUGGCAGCGCGGGAUGAGGCUGCCCGCUGCUCCAACAGCUCUGGGGACGGGUGUAGCCCAGGGCUCCGGCCAUCAGCACUCGGCCCCCCGCGCCCCACCGCAGCCCCCCGGACCCGCGGCCCUGAGACAUGGUCAGCCGUGAGCCCGUGCCUCGCCCGGCCCCUGCCGGCGAGGGCAGCCAGGAGAAAGCCAUGACGGUGCGCUCGGUGCUGCUCAACCGCGACUCGCCCGACAUCGAGAGCCGCCUCAAGCGCCGGCGCAACCGCACGCAGCAGGUCCGCUUCAAGGACCUGGUGGAGGGCGACUCAGGGCAGGCGGGCAGCCCCCCGCCCGGGCCCGCGGCCACCCCCGGUCCCAACACCCCACGUGCCUCGCCGCCCCCCAGGGAUGCCCCUGGGCCGGCGGCUCUCCGUGCCUCGCGGCGCAGCUGGCCCCAGGCACAGCCGGGCUCGCUGACGCUGCCCAUGCCCAGGAAGGCGUGCAUGAGCACGGCCAUCCAGACCUCCCCCAGCCUCCAGAAGCCCUUCCCAGCUCCCCAGCCCCGCAGCAAAAGCGUCUGCGAUGUGGCAGGGGAUGCGGUACUGCCCGCUGUGGCGACUGCCCGAUGCCCGGGGGUGGCCACGCCCACCACCACCAGCUGGGCUGUGCCCCCGCAGGUCCCCGGCAACCUCCCCACACAUGAUCGCACUGUGGCUCUCGUUCAGCACACCACAGUGUGCCCCCCACCACUGCCACCACCCAGGGAUCCCCCUCCCCCUUACCGGGGCACAGCUGGGUACCCUGCUGCCCGCUGCACCCCUGAGCCCUGCCCGCCACCCCCUGCCUGUGCCCAGCUCCGUGGGAGCCCCCGAGGUGGCCACGGGGUCACCCCACGCCCAGCCUCCGUACCCUGUGGCCAGCCCCGACCUCCCGCUGAGCAGCGGGGCCUUGGCCGGAGCGACUCAGAGCGGACCCUGCCCUGCGGUCGCCCACCCCCCCAGCCCUCCCCUCACCGCCGGCAGCCCGGCCCCGCCACGGACACCCAUGGCCUCCGCCAGCCACCUCAGGGCAACCCCCCGCGGGACCCCCCGCCACCCCACCACCAGCUCUGCGGCUCGCCAUGGGGGGGGCCCUGCUGCACCUCGCCAGCCCCCAUCCCACCAGUGCCAGGCUGGCACAGCUCUGCUGCCACCACUGCACCAGAGAAGACACCAGCUGUGCUCAGCACCUGCAGCCGGCUCCAUGCUGCCGAGCCUGGGCAUGGCCGGGCAGGACCCGAGGGACACAGGGAGCUGCUGCCCCCGGUCCCACAGGGCCCCAGCACGGGGACACAAACGGCUGGGUGGGCACCAGAGCCCCCCCAGCACGGGCAGCCCUGCCUCGCUGCUGAGCAACCGGAGACACUGCACCAUGUCCAGGACCUACUGCAGCUGGUGGUGGUUGCCAAGGGACCUGUGGGACCACCAGCGAGGGACGAGGACGCCCAGACAUCUCAGGGAGAGGGCCCCUGGCGGCCCAGGGAGCAGGGAGACCUGCAUUCCCAGCUGCAGUCACUGGAAGGGGUGCUGGAGACCAGCCAACAAACCAUCAGGGUGCUGCUGGACGUCAUCCAGGACCUGGAGAAGAAGGAGGCGCAGCGGGACGGGCGACACUCGUACCGGACCGGGCAGGACAUCGCCAACUGUGGGACCUGCCGGGACUGUGCCUGUAUCAUCUACAGCGUGGAGCACGAUUUCCGGCAGCAGGAGGGCCGCUUCCAGCGGGUGCUGAGCCACAUCGAGGGCGACGCCGGGCCCAGCCCCACCCCGACGGCGAUGGGGCUGGCGGGGGCAGCGGGGGCAGCGGGCACCACCUCACCACCCAGGCAGGAGCUGUCACCGGUGCCAAAGCUGCCGGUGAAGCUGGAUGUGAAGAAAUCCCGGCGCAAAUGCUUCUGGUUCCUGUGACCACGGCGCCCGAUGAGUGCCGACGGAGCGCAGGGGCACCGUCCCAGCACUGACCCCCUGCCCACCUCUCCUCCCUCCCUCCUACGGUAGGGUUUGGGUAGCACCAGCUUUUCUAUUUUUAACCAUUAUGUUUAACGCGGGGAGCCCGGGUGUGGAAAUGGCGAGGGGAGCGGUGGCUGUAUUUAAGGACAAUUCAAUAAAUUCCACAGAGACGCUAUUUUUGUUA